AUGCCGAGCGUCAAACCCAUUCUUCCUCCUCUAAAGACGCCAAAGACUGAGAUUUUCCCAUCGCAACUUCAUAAUGGCUCUACAUCCAGUGUUUCCGACUACACCAAGCAGGAGGAUCAGUCGACUCCUAUUACACCUCCGAUAGCCUAUACAGAAUUUCUCAAGGCCCUCACACCCGUCUUUACUGGCCCUAUGAGUGCUGGUAUCAACUUUCCCAAGUAUAUUACCGAGAAACCCUCCACUGCUACAUCGCCCACCUCUCAACCCGCGAGCGCAUUCAGUGGGUCAUCGUUUAGCGAUUCGGUCAGGUCCCCGACUGUAUCUUUGCCACCACCUACGCCGAACUCUGCGGCACCAUCUCGAAGGAGCUUCCUUGGUCGCCGCCUUCGUAUCCAGCCCUCGAAGUUCUCGCCGAGCGCGGACUCUCCCCGCAGCGCAACACCCUGGAGCGCAACACCCAUGAGCGCGACGACCCUUCGAUCACCCUACUCACCAUCUGAUUGGACUCUGCGCUAUUACGAUUCGCCCCGCAGUGGAAAGCCUGUCAGCGUGAGGCAAGUUGUCACGCGCACGGUGACCUACAAGCGCACUCAGCUUGAAGCACCGCCGAAGGGAAAGCGGCGCAAGUGUCGGGAAGCCAAGGAAGUUGACUGA